CCACUUCUCCCAUGUAAAAUACCUUCCAAAAAUAGAUACAGAGCUCCAAUAUAUAUAUAUCCAUGGCGCAAGUCCUGACAGAAGAACGCACCAACACCUUCCACAGCUUCUUCGAAUCCUGGCUCGUCGAGCAGGACCACUACCUGGAGGAGCUCGUCUCCGCCUCCAAGCGCCGCCGCGUCCACCACCACCCCUCCGCCGCGGACGACGACGACACCGUCCUCCGGCAGAAGAUCGCCAGAGUCAUCGACCACUACGAGCAGUACUACCGGGCCAAGUCAACCUGCGCCAAGACCGACGCGCUGCCCAUGUUCAACCCGCCGUGGCGGAGCAGCCUCGAGGACGCCUUCCUCUGGAUCGGCGGCUGGCGCCCCACCAUGGCCUUCCACCUCCUCUACUCCAAGUCCGGCCUCCAGCUCCAGGACAAGCUCGCCGACCUCCUCCAGGGCCUCGCCGCCGGCGACCUCGCCGAUCUCUCUCCGCCCCAGGUCAACCAGAUCAACGACCUGCAGAGGGCCACCGUCAGGGAGGAGAAGGAGAUCUCCGAGAAGCUUGCCAAGCAGCAGGAGAAGGUGGCGGAUACCUCCAUGGUGGAGCUCUCCAACGCGGUCACGGAGGCGAUGAGGAAUCCCGCCGCCGCGGAUGACGGCGGCGGGGGACGAGUGGCGGCGGCGCUGGCGCCGAAGGAGGUGGGGCUGGCGGAGGUGCUGCAGAGGGCGGACGACUUGAGGCUGAAGACGCUGAAGAAGGUGCUCGGGGUGCUCAGCCCGAUACAGGGGGUGCAUUUCUUGAUUGCGGCGGCGGAGCUCCACCUCCGCCUCCAUGAGUGGGGAAUGAAGAGAGAUGCUGACACCGGUCAUGCAGCCCAAUAAAUAUUAAGGUAAUUAAUAAUAAUAAUAAAAUAAUAAUAAUUAUUAUUAUAUUAUGUUUAAUUAGUAUUAUCGAGGAGUUUAUUAAUGUUGUUUUCGUGGUAGUUUAGUUUUUUUUUUUUGGCCUUGGUAACUCUAGAACUCUAUUAUAUAUAUCUUUCUUAUUAUA